AUGGUUUACGGUGACGCCGAUUGCCCAAACGACCAGAUCAAAGUCCCAUCUAAUAUAUCCCAACUGAAUAUCUUCUAUCUAUCUAUUUAUGUCUAUGUCUGUCUGUCUAUCUAUCUAUCUAUCUAUGUCUGUUCAUUAUCUAUCUUAGUCUGUUCAUUAUCUAUCUAUCUAUCUAUCUAUCUAUCUAUCUAUGUUUGUUUAUUAUCUAUCUAUCUAUCUAUCUAUCUAUCUAUCUAUCAUAGUCUGUUCAUUAUCUAUCUAUCUAUCUAUCUAUCUAUCUAUCUUAGACUGUUCAUUAUCUAUCUAUCUAUCUAUGUUUAUCUAUCUAUCUAUCUAUCUAUCUAUCUAUCUAUCUAUCUAUCUAUCUAUCUAUCUAUGUCUGUUCAUUAUCUUUAUCUGUUCAUUCUCUAUCUAUAUAUGACUGUUCAUUAUCAAAUCUAUCUAUCUAUCUAUCUAUCUAACUUCAUAUUCUCUUUAUCUAUGUAUCUAUCUCAAUCUCUUCAUAUCUAUCUAUCGAAUUUAGUUUCUUCGUUAUCUAUCUUUCUAUCUAUCAGUCUUUUCAUAUCUAUUUAUCGGUGUUUUCAUAUCUAUUUAUCUAUCUAUCUAUCUUUCUAUCUAUCUAUCUUGCACAUACAAGAAAUUUUUUUUUUCUUCUUCUCCUUGCCCGACAUUAAUUCAACAACUGGGACCACCAAAUCUCUUCAUAGCUGCAAGGAAAACAUCUUUUCCUGCAUCGCGUCUACAAUUGCCAUCAAAAUGUCCAUUUUCCUUGGCAAAUGGCUAUCGUUUGCAAGAUGA